GCUCUCUGCAUGCUGGCUCUCUGUCCGCUCUGCUCUCUGUGUGUGUGUUAGUGUGUCUGGCUUCCUGCUUCUAACGCGCACUCACAGCUCCAUGUGUUCAGGCUGUUAGAGAGAGUUUCAGUUCGGGAAGCUCGCAGUGUGUAGCGCUCUCCCAGCAAUUAUUACUGUUUAGUGCAUGUUCCCUGCCCGGGGUGGCUGGCUGUAGUGUGAGUAUGGAAGGAGAGAGCACCACCGCGCUCAUCAAUGGCUUUGUGUUUGGCGCCCUUGCCUUCCACCAUCUCAACUCCCCAGCAGACACUGUGAGUACAUAGGGAGAGAGGGGGGAGCUGCUCCACCUUGUUCUGAUAUAUACUUAAAGCUCUCACUGCUGUCCCCCCUCUACCAGUCACUGCUCUACUCGCUGUGCCACACUACUGACUACUGUACCCACUGUAUAUCUCACUGCUCUACUCACUGUACCACUUACUACUAAACACCUACUACUAUACCCACUGUACCACUACACCUACAGUACUUACUGUAGCUUUCACUGCUCUAUCCACUGAACCCACUCUACCAGUCUCUGCUCUACCCACUGUACUUCUCAUUGCUAUAUCCACUGUACCUCUUACUACUGUACCUCUCACUGCUCUACCCAUUGUAAACUGACUGCUGAAUCCCUUCUACCAGUCACUGCUGAACCCACUUUAUCACCUCUACCAGUCACUGCUCUACUCACUGUACCACUUACUACUGAACCCCUACCACUAUACCCACUGUACCACUGACCACUGUAUCUCUCACUGCUCUACCCACUGUACCACUGAAUCCACUCUGCCAGUCACUGCUCUACCCACUACCUCUCACUACUGUACCUCUCAAUGCUAUACCCACUGUACCCCUCACUAUUGUACUGCUCACUAUUGUACCCACUAUACAUCUCACUACUUUACCCACUGUACCUCUCACUGCUCUACCCAUUGUAACACUGACUGCUGAAUCCCCUCUACCAGUCACUGCUGAGCCCACUUUACCCCCUUUACCAGUCACUGCUGUACCUAUUGUAACACUGACUACUGAAUCCCUCUACCAGUCACUGCUCUACCCACUUUACCCCCUCUACCAGUCACUUCUGUACUUCUCACUGCUGUACCCGCUCUGUCUCUAUCAUUCACUACUGUACCCACUGUAUCACUCACUGUUGUACCUCCUCUCAUAGGCGUAUAAUGGUGGGGGACGAAUCCCCCCCUAGAAAAUAUGAUGUAGCUUUUAUAUUUAUAUGAUUCACUGUUUAAUAAAAACAAAAGAUAUGUUAAAACAGUUGACUGUCAUUCUACUAAUAGACUCCCUAAUGAUAUGCUAGAAAACUGCAUAGUUUAAUACAGGCUCCCUAAGUAGGGCUAGGGUAUUUUAUGUAUUCUUUGAUUCCUGUGCUGGUACCCCCAUGUCUCUCCCUUCUGUACCUUUCUGAACACCAACAGGGAAGUUUUAAUGGGAUAUAGUGGAAAAAAUUGCAAUGAGAUAAAAAGGUUAUAAAAAUGUCAUACAGUUUUACUAAUUAUUGACAACAGUGAGAAUUUAAAUUUAGUGUGUGAUACUAUGUCUGUUCGCACCAUUAAAAGGAAAAAAAAAAAACACGUGCAAUAAAUAAUAGCGUUUUUAUCUAUAUUAUGUUAAAAUCACUUGGUAUAUCCAUAUCUGGUAGGCAGGGAUUAUCUUUUGCAUAUACGGCUAUCAUUUUUAAGGUGUCAGGAACUCAAAUCGUUAAUUAUACUUUUUAUAACUACUCCAAUUUUGUGACGUUUUUUAUUUUUUGGUUGCAAAGGAAGGCUUUCUUAUUGGAGAGGUGAAGGGAGAAGCAAAGAAUAGUAUCACGGACUCUCAAAUGGAUGACGUUGAAGUUGUUUAUACAAUAGGUAUUUAUUAUUUAUCAUUUUCAUGACACUUUCAAUUUUUUUGGCAAACUAUACAUGUAGAAGAAAAAGUGAAAUAUCUGGUCACCUGUGUGCAUAUUUUGUCUAAUUAGGGAGAGGGGCAUUCAAAGCACUAUACUCACUGUAGCACACCUAUCCGUACUGUAGAUGAACUCUCUUAUUACAUGUAUCUGAAGACAGGACUGGACUGUGGAGAAACUGGUACCAUAACUGCUACAGCCCACUGCCCUUAAAAAAGUACACUAUAGUUCAGUAGUAAGUGGUACAGUGAGUAGAGCAGUGACUGGUAGAGGUGAUAAAGUGGGUUCAGCGGUGACUGGUAGAAGGGAUUCAGCAGUCAGUUUACAAUGGGUAGUGUCUCAUACUUGUAUUGAAGGGGCCCAACCAACUUAAAAAUGGAAGAAAUUUUUAUUUAUUUAUUUUGUUGGGCGCCAAGACUCACUCAGUGUUGCCGUCCAGUACUCCUUCCAGAAUAUCAUCUAGCAGGUGUCGCUUCAUUGCCUUCUCGUCAAAUCCAGUGCUUCUGAUAAGAAAUCAUUGAGACGAGAAGCACGUGUCCAUUCAAAUGCUUCUCAUAGGGAACCAUUAAAUCAAUUUCUUGCCUAUGAUCAGGCUUUGAUGACGUUGGAUAUCCUCAUACAGUGCAUGAGGGUGUUGCGAAAGACAGCCAUCAGAAGUAUGUUUAGCCCUGCAUUCAAAACAUUGCUGUAUCCACUAGAUUGUAGUGUUUUAGAUUGCAGGGCUAAAACACCAGGGGCUCUGCACGUGGACCACUUUAUUGGUGAAUUGGCCUGGGUGCAUUUAGUGUCCUAUUAAGUUUGCAAAUUGCAUUUCAAGUCUCUACAACCCCGAAUUUAGUGAAUAACUUGGUUUAGUGUGAAUUGUUCAAAAUUUUGGACUAAAUAGCCGAAUUGGAAAAAUUAUUUUACAUCUGGUUUUUGUUUUGCUUUUUUGGCCUAAACUUUUCCUUUAAAUUUCUGAUUGUUCGUGCAUUAAUCAUUAACCAUAAAUUAACUAUGCACAAUUUAGAUAAAAGCAGACAAGGUGGAAUAAUAUAACAUGUCCUCUAAGAUGAGAAUCUUAAUUCAUGUGUGAAAUUACCAGAAAUGUAAAGCCUAAUCUGUUUGCAAUGCCGUUUCUUUUUUUGUAAACUCUUGGUGGAAGUGCUAUACGUUUUUAUUCAGUUGUUGUAGAUAUGUGUUUAUGUAUUGUUGUCAUUGUUUGCUUUAUUUUGUAUAAGCAUUUUCCCAAUAAUGCUUGGAGUAGUAUGUUGCAGUUUAGCUCUGUUUAAAGGAACACUAUAGUGUUCGGAAAACAAACUUGUAUUCCUAAUGCUAUAAUGUUCUUUUCUUUAUUUAGAUUCAGCCUUUCCCUUGAAUCUAAAUAAAAAAUAGAAAAUCAACACUAUACUUACCUGUUAUUCUUGCACUGUGAUCAAGUCCAUGUAGCUGAUUAAUCCGCUUCCUGUGAUAUGAUGAGAUUUAGAAUCUUCUAAAUGUCCUGUCCAAUGCUCCACAUAGUCAUAGUGGUUACCUGUGAGAACCGAGCAGUAGACAUCCACUAGAGGUGUAUUUAAUUCUGUAAUUUAAGCAUUGAUGUAUCUACUUUAUGGCAAUGCUUUAUGUUGCAGGGUUAAAACUAAAUCACCUCACCCAGAUCCAGAUCUCUUCAUUGAGAUGAAGUGGUCUGGGUGACGUUAGUGGUCCUUUAAGUUUUAUUGAAGUGUAUUACUAGGUUUAAACUCUCUUUAUUGUAAAGCAUUAAAUAUAUUUUUCCAUAAUUAUUCACAGAUAUACAGAAGCAUGUGCCAUGUUACCAACCAUUAAGGUUUGUACUCUGAUUACUCAUUUUGUAAUAAAUUUAUAAAGUCUUUUUAAGAAAUAAAAAGUAUAAGAGAAAAUGAAGAUAUACUCGAGACAGUAAACCUUAACCCCAUAGAUUCUAAGAAAAUUACUUAAAUUAUUUUAAAAGAAGCAGAAAUGUGUAGUCAUCCCUAGGUUAUUUUUACAGUGUUGAGAAAUGUAACUUGUCUGUUCUGGUCUCCUCUUCAACUUUACGCUGAAUAAACAUUUUGAGACUUUAAAUCUCUAAACUGAGAUUUGUUGAAGAUGGGUCAGUGUAUUGCACUUUUUAGGCCAAAUUGCCAAACUUUUCAAACUAUUUUUUUCAGAUUUAAUGUAAAAUUUGCCAGUGAAUAACUGUGUUUACCUUGCUAGAGAUAUCAUAUUUAGGGAUUUGUCCUAUAUUUAAUUUUGGAUUAUUAUAUACAGUGUUAGAGAGGCAUAAUGCACCAUUGAUAUAGUAAGAUCCAGCUUUUCUGCUCAGUGCGGAAUUUCAAAUCUUGAUUCUUACUAUUAAAAUAGCCAGUGUACUGUAUGGUAUGUCGAUACUCUACGAAAGGACAGUAUUUGUACAUUGUUAGAAUAAUUUACAGGUUUUACAUAUAUUCCAUAAUUAUUUAAAACAAUGGUCCUAUUUUUUAGAUUAAAUUAGAUAUACCGGUACACUUGAUGUUGAUGAUUUACCUUAAUAGUACAAAUUAUAUGUUUAGUUUUUACAGUGCAAGUGGGGAACUCAACAAGUCAGCAUUAAAGAAGUUCCUUCCAGACCAUAAAAAAGUAAGAGUAAUUUUUUAUCUGUUCAUUAAAAAACAGUGAAUGGAAAUUACAAUGAAACUUAAUGCCAUUCGAGUGCUUCCUCCCAGCAACCAGCACUGCUCGCUUUCAUUCAUUAAUAUGUUUAUCAUUGUUAGGCUCUAAGAAUUUUACAGGGUCUGUAACCCUUAAGCUGCCAUGGACUUAUGCUGUAAACAUCGAGCUUUCCUUAAUCUUUGUGUACAAUUAAUGCAGACCAGUCAUUAUGAAGUUCCAGUAAAAUAAUAAUAGCUUUUUAAUGCGGGUACAGCGUAUAUAUGAAACAAACAGUUUUCAUAGGGGUGUAUCCAACAGAAGACACAACCAAUUAUAGACGUUCAGUGCAAAAAGUACAAUUAUUCAUAUAACAUUACGUAUUACAGGAAAUCUACUGCGCAUGUCCAGCACAUCUUCUCUAAAUUAUGCAAAGGUUAUCUUCUCUGUGUCAGCUUGCGCUGUGAAAUAAAAGGGAGUAUUGAUUGCAGCCAAGAGAGAAAAUUCUUGCUUUGAACCCCUGCAGACAUGGAAAGACCUAACUAAGGCAAAAAGGCUUUUUAACCCUUUAUUUACCUGUAUCUAUGACAAGUCCCCUUUUCUCUGGUACUGCAGGUGAGUUAGGCAAGGUAUCUCCAGAUGUACUAAUUACACCUGUGGGCCUUUUAAUAAAGGAGCACUAUAGGGUCAGGAACACAGACAUGUAUUCCUGACCCUGUAGUGUUAAAACCACUAUCUAGCCCCCUUUGCCUCCCUAAAGAUAGUAACAUCUUGCUUGUAUUCAAGUCUGAAGCUGCUGUCUCUGCCUGUGAACUUUCUCUGACAUCAUCAGAAGUGGUGGCCUGAUCCAAUCACAAUGCUUCCCCAUAGGAUUGUCUGAGACUGACAAAGAGGCAGAUCAGGGGCAGAGCCAACACAAUUCAAACACAGCCCUGGCCAAUCAGCAUUUCCUCAUAGAGAUGAAUUGAAUCAAUUAAUCUCUAUGAGGAAAGUUCAAUGUCUGCAUGAAGAGGGAGGAGAUACUGAAUGUUUGGAUGGAUUUUAGGCAGCCAUGACCCAGGAAGGAUCUCUAACAGCUAUCUGAGGAGCGGCCAGUUAAGUUAUCACUGGGCUGUAAUGUAAGCACUGCAUUUUCUCUGAAAAGACAGUGUUUACAGCAAAAUGCCUGAAGGUAAUGAUUUUACACACCUGAACAAACUCCAUAAGCUGUAGUUGUCCGGGAAAUAUAGUGUCCCAUUAAUUCUUUACCUCGAUUUCCUCGCCAUUUCUCACCAAAAAAAAAAACAUCAAGGGAAGCUUGCCCAGAUAUCUGUUGCUACAGAAUAAUAUACCGUAUGUUAUUAAAUCCACGUCUCAGUAUGCAACCUACAUCCAUAGGUUACUGUAUAUAUAUUUAUUUAUAGCUCUGUAUGUCUAGGGGAAUAGUCACUAAGCAUUGCAUAGGUAAAAUAAUUCAUUCUCUAUCAAUCAUUAUUUAAAUAAAUGUUUAAUAUCCAACAAUAAUCUCUGUCCUAUUGGACUUUAAUGAAGGUUACCAAUUAUUGCAAGAAUCCUGUUGUCUGCCACAAUUUGUAACAAAAAUAGUGAUCAUCUUUGCCAGUUUGGCCAUUGGUUCCAGAAUACACAUUUGGAUUAACCCCUUAACGCCGUUACGGCGUUCUAUGCCGUCCCCCAUUAAAUGUGCUUUAAAGCCGUUGCGGCUUUCAGUCCCUGGAGGUCUGUGGUACUCGCCUCCGCCGCGAUCCUCUUCUGGAGGCCCCUGGGGGCCAUGUGAUCGCUCUCAAAGAGCGAUCACAUGGCCUCCUAUAGCUGGCUGUGGAUCUGCCAGCAGGGGGACUGUCUGAAAUGUAAUACAUAUAUAUUUUAUGUUUAUAUAUACAUAUAAUUACAAUAGUAAAUCAAUAAACUAAAUAAAAUAUUUUAAAAAAAAUUUAAAUUAUAUAUACAUAUGUAAUUUUAUUAUUAAAACAUAUAUAUUGGUAAUAAAAUACACUUAGAAUGACAUUCUAUAUAUAUCUAUAUAUAAAAUACAAAUAACUGCACAUAUUUAUAUAUAGAUAAAUAUAUAUAAAUACAUAAAUAACUACAUAAGUAUACACGUAGAAUUUAAAUACACAUAUAUGUGUGUGUGUAUGUGUAUAUAUAUAUAUGUAUAUAUAUAUAAAAAUUCUACGUGUAUGCUUAAGUAAUAUUUUAACAUAAUUAUGUGAUUUAAUUAAAAUUUCAUUGACGUGCCUGACAACCCAAGCAGCAAGUGCAGAGAAUUAAAUUCGCACACGCUAUAUUUAACCCUGUAACUUUCCAAGACACCAUAAAACCUGUACAUGGGAGUACUGUUUUACUCGGGAGACUUCGCUGAACACAAAUAUUAGUGUUUCAAAAUGAUAAAUUGUAUUACAACGAUGAUAUAUUUAGUAAAAGUGACGUUUUUUUGCAUUUUUCACACACAAACAGCACUUUUACUGACGAUGUUAUUGUUGUAAUAUGUUUUACUGUUUUGAAACACUUAUGUUUGUGUUCAGUGAAGUGUCCCAAGUAUAACAGUACCCCCUAUGUACAGGUUUUAUGGUGUUUUGUAAAGUUAGAGAGUCAAAUAUAAGGCUUGCAUUUAAUUUUUUUUGCAUUUAAAUUUGCCAGAUUGGUAAUGUUGCAUUUGAGACCGUAUGGUAGCCCAGGAAUGAGAAUAACCCCCAUGAUGGCAUACCAUUUGAAAAAGUAGACAACCCAAGGUAUUGCAAAUGGGGUAUGUCCAGUCAUUUUUAGUAGCCACUUAGUCACAAACACUGGCCAAAUAUUAGUUUUUUUGCUUUUUUCACACAAAAACAAAUAUGAACGCUAACUUUGGCCAGUGUUUGUGACUAAGUGGCUACUAUAAAAGACUGGACAUACCCCACUUGCAAUACCUUGGGUUGUCUACUUUUGCAAAUGGUAUGCCAUCAUGGGUGUACAUCUCAUUCCUGGGGUAUCACACGGUCUCAAAGGCAACAUAAACAACCUAGCGAAUUUCAAAUUGAAAAAAAUGGAAUGUGCUAUAUUUGACCCUUUAACUUCCCAAAACACCAUAAAAACUGUUAAUGGGGGGUACUGUUGUACUCAUGAGACUUUGCUGAAUCCAAAUAUGUGUUUUUUUUUGCAGUUAAAGCUAACGUUAUUAUUAUGACAUUUACAGCUAAAAUGUCUACAAAUGUUUUUUUUUAAAUCUUAAUUUCUCACAGUUUUUUACAUUUUAUUCAUAAUAAAUUAUGUUUCAAAUAUGAAUAGUUCAUGAGAAAUUAAGGCCCAGUUUCUCCUGAACAAAAUGAUAUAUAAUAAGUGUGGGUGCACUUAAUAUGAAAGAGGUGAAUUACGGUUGAACAGACAUAUAGCGCAAAUAAACAAAAACACGGACACCCGUGAAAAAAGUGAUAAAACACAACAACUUAACUGAAAAGUACACAGCUUCCCAAGGUUAUUUCCCAGCUAAUAACCUUAUAGCAGAACAAUGUAAUGGAUAGGAUAUUUGGGAUUCUGCUGAUGUACCUACAAUAGAGGACAAAACAUAGUGCAAGUAUUGCUACACACUAUAAAACCAUUGAUGAAAAAAAUGCACUCACAUAUUCCAAAGAAUAUAAGCGUAUUCAGGGUGCCUCCCCCUAAAUAUGAAUGGGGGGGUUUAUUCUCCUUUAAUUCUCCCUCCUCAAGUGUUAGCCGAUAGAGUAUCCAGGUCAGCAAGAAGAUCCAAACAAUUGCAGCCAAAGGAAUACUUGAAAGGCGAUUUAUUCACUUUUAAAAUUCAAGAAUUGAAUCUUGAAUUUUAAAAGUGAAUAAAUCGCCUUUCAAGUAUUCCUUUGGCUGCAAUUGUUUGGAUCUUCUUGCUGACCUGGAUACUCUAUCGGCUAACACUUGAGGAGGGAGAAUUAAAGGAGAAUAAACCCCCCCAUUCAUAUUUAGGGGGAGGCACCCUGAAUACGCUUAUAUUCUUUGGAAUAUGUGAGUGCAUAUUUUUCAUCAAUGGUUUUAUAGUGUGUAGCAAUACUUGCACUAUGUUUUGUCCUCUAUUGUAGGUACAUCAGCAGAAUCCCAAAUAUCCUAUCCAUUACAUUAUAUAGCGCAAAUACCAGUUUUUGUUUACAUUUUGUUUUGAUGUGUACUAAUGACUCCGUCCUGAAGGGGUUAAACAUACAUUUAUUUAUAUUUGGUUUUAGUACAUUUAUGUUUUAUAUUUCUGCUUUUUUACUGUGACAUCUUAUUAACUUGCUUUUCCGAACCUUAAUAAUUAUAAUUUGUAAAUAGUGACUAACAAGGAACGGCACAUAUUGUCAGGUCUGUGUAAUAUCUUGCAUCAUCGUUUUCCCAGGACGUGAUUGGAUGGUACAGAUUUCGGCACAACACACAUCAGAUCAUGACAUAUAGGGAGAGGCUUAUCCAUAAGAACCUGCAGGAGUAUCUGUCAAACUCGGGGCUUGUGUUUUUAUUAUUCACAUCAAGUUCAACAACAGAGACAAAGUCUACUCAUCGUAUGGAGUAUGCUUUACAUAAACCACAAGAGAGGUAAAUAAUGCUGUGGCUCCAUAUUAAAUCAUAACUGUGUAGAAUGAUGCUAGGUAAGAGUUAGUAAAGGUAUCUAUUUAAUUAUCACAAUUUGAUCCAUGCAGAUCCUUUACCAACAUGGACUAUUUCUUUCUUAUUUACCGUUAGCAUCUAUUAAAGGGACACUAAAGUCAACAAAACAAUUUUGGCUUAGUGAAGCAGUUUUGUUGUAUAGAGCAUGCCUCUGCAGUCUCACUGCUUAAUUCUCUGCCAUUUAGGAGUUAAAUCACUUUAUUUAUGCAGCCCAAGUCACACCUCCCUGCAUGUGACUUGCACAGACUUUCUAAACACUUCUUUAAAAUUAACGUAGAUAUCCUAGGUUUCUUUAUUGCACAGUCUGUUUAAUCUAGAAUUUAUCUCCUGCUCUGUUAAUAGCCUUGUAGACCCUGUAGGAGCCUUGUGUGUGAAUAAAGCUCAAUUUACAGAGCAGGAAAUAAAAACUUCUUAAGUAUUCUAACAUCUGAUUGGAAAUAAGAACUUUUGUGCCAGUCACAGCCAGAGGAGGUGUGGCUAGUGCUGCAUAAACAGAAACAAAAGUGAUUUAACUCCCAAAUGUCAGAUAUUUAAACAGUGAAACUUCAGAGGCAUGAUCUAUACACCAAAAUGUAUUAAUUAAGGUUUGUUUUUUUUUUUUAUCCCUUUAACAUGGUUCAUACUCUGUUCUUCCAGAGAUGUAAAAAAAAAAAAAAAAAACAACUAUCACUGUUGUGUGCAUGGGAACUGAUGGCCUCUUCGUCUCCCAUCCACCUGCUCAACUGUUGAUCUGCAUUAUCAGUUCGCAGCCAGAUCUGCAGCUGAAUGGGCAGACCGAAAUGUAAACGUCCGUGCAAGAAAAAAUGUCUGAUUAUAUAUGUAUUGUUAUAUUUUUUGCUAUGCAUUAAUCUCUUUAGUUCUAGUACCAUUACCGCAAUAUGCAUAUAAUCUUAGAUGAGAGGUCUAUUUGUGUGAUAGAGUGUAAGUAUAGUACUGCUAUAUUUGCUAGGCAAGAAGUGUAUGUAUACUUGAUGAAUUUCUGCAGUUCUGUAUCAUUUUUAUUUUGCCUGAUAUGUCACUCAGUCUCUUUCACAGAGUGCCGCUGGUAGUUUCCAACCUCGGUAUGUCAGAACAGCAGGGAUACAGAUCUUUGUCUGGAGCGUGUGUUUCUGUUGGUUUUAACCGGGCAGUUAACAAGCACAGGUAGGCAUGAGAUACUAUACCAAUAUUUUAAUACCAAGUAUAUAUUUUUUAUUAUUAUUUUAAAAGUGUACAGAGAUCCCCAUAUUAUCCCAGAGGGUCUUGACAAUGUGGCCUCUUUUUCACAUUCCUCAUUCAUGGUGAGAUAUGGCUUAAUAUACGAAGGUGGUGCUGGACUUUGUUGCUGCAAACAUACGUUUGUGGCAUGCAGUGAGGUGCCCGAGAAUUUAAUUUGUGAUUGGAUUGAAAUAAAGAUGAUUUUAUAGGAAGUUCUACAGUGGUAGCAAUGUUUCUCUUCAUGCCAAGAUGGUGAGCCUUUAAUCCCCACCCACUUGUUUCCCAUCUCAUGGGUAGUGGGAUUUGGCAUAAAACUGUGGGAUCAGCAGACUCCUAUACCCAAGAAAGACAUUUUAAACCAGGGGUCCUCAAACUCUGGCCCCCCAGAUGUUGCUGAACUAAAACUCCCAUGAUUCUCUGGCUAUCUAUGUAAUUCAAAGAAUCAUGGGAGUUUUAGUUCAGCAACAUCUGGGGGGCCAGAGUCUGAGGAUCCCUGUUUUAAACAUUUCUACCCUGUACUUUCACCUGUAUAUGGUGGCAGAGUAAGUUCACUGUUUGCAGUUGUCCAGCAGAUCCCCUAUCUAACUAGAUUGGUACUGCUCAAUUGCCUCCUCUAUGCCAUCACCCAUGUAUGGUAAGGGAGGUUGUAUAUUUUAUAAAUAAUGCAUAUUGUGAGGUUCCAGGAGGAUGCUGGAGGAUGUGCUCUUCCAGCGUAUGACAUUGCACUUCAGCUGUUCAAUUUUGCUGUUAUAGAAAUUGGAUGAAUGGGAAGCACCUUCACAAUUUAUAUCAUGGAACUAGGAACCCCCAUAGUAUUCUAGGUGGAUAGAAAGUAUAAUACUGUCGGCUAGUAAAGGUCUGCUUAUCAGUGAAGCCAUGUGAAUCAAAUUAUUUUUGUCUAUUUCCAUAUAGAUCAGUUAAUUCUUGUUGUUGUUUUUUUUUUUAUAUUUAUGUAUCAGUACAAUUUUAUUCAUAUCAAUGAUUUUCAUGAUACUAUGUAUUUAUGAAAUGCUUUAUAGCCUGUGCCUCCUUCCCUGUUUAGGAAGUGUACAUUCUAGCCUGUUUAAAGGGCAUUUAGACAUUAUCAAAUUGGUAAUACCUUAAACCAGCAAUCAUACAUGGUUAUUUGCUAACGUGAGAAUUUAAAGUGAAUUCCAAAUUCAAGGCAAAUCACUAAUUGUAUGAAAUAUGAUACAUUAAUCUUAGGAAUAAAAUUUUUGCCUUGAAAAAGGCCAAGAUAUUAAUGGAACUUUAGUUACUUUGAAAAUCACUUGGUUUACAGACGUUUUUCCGUUAUUUUGUUUAAAUGCAAAUGUUUUCGUUUUUACCUGUCCCGUUAAUAAAACCAUUUUCAAUACUGUGACCUGAUUUUAGCAUUAAUGGUAUUUAGGUUGGCAUAUAUUGAAUAAAGCUGACAUGCUUCACUUUUCUUACAAUGCAUUAGUCUAUUCUUUAGAUCAGUCUAACAAGGUGGAGUUUCUUGUAUCCAACAAUAUAUACUUAUUCAGCUCAAUGUUAUUUUUACAGAUUGGAAUUCUUUAAUGAAGAUGACACCUUAAAAGAAGUAAAUAAAAUAAAUGAUAUUUACGUGAGUCUUCAGGAAGAAUUAAAGGUAAUCCUUUAUUGUGUUUAUGUGAACUCUUUGCUGCAUUCUAACUCAUUAUUCCAUAUUUACUUUUUAAGUUCCAAAUAUAUUCUCCCAUCACUGAAAUAGAUGGUAUUUAUCAUGUCUGCUAGGUAGUGUGAUCUUCACCUUGAAGCAUCAAUAUUUUCUGACCUAUGACCUAACCUGCUGUGUAGGCUAAAUGGAAAAUAGUCUAACUGCAUUUUUAUUGCAAAAUGAUCAUUAAAUAUACAUAGCUUGUAAAGGCCUGGAAAUAUAAAAACCAGGGCUUAUGUCCUGCCUACAGCCACACAUUGAAAGUUAUUUGCCACUACAAGACAUAGUCUGCUUGCCAGGGCUACAUUUUUACUAGUCAGUGGCUAUUGCAGAGUGGAAAUUUUGAGGGCUCGCAUUCACUAUUGGUAAUUUAGCGCCAUUUAACUUUAGAUAUAUCUAGAUUAGACGAAUGCUAGUAGAAUUACCUUUUUAGUUCACUUUUUAUAUCUGGGUGGUUGAAAUUAAAUUCUGUCCUAAUUUCAUUGAGCAUCUGUUGACCCCAAGCUCCAAGUUUUGCACUUCUCUAGACAUAAAACACUUCAAGUAACUAAGAAACAAACAUAAAAAUAACAACCCUAUUCUUUAAGGAACACUUAAAGCAACAUAGCGACUACAGCCUGCUGUAGUAGUUGCAAUGCAGUAGUUAUGAUGCUAGGAGUGCCACAACGCCCUCCCACAGUAAGUAGUAUAGCCGUUAAAGAACGGUUCAACAACCUACCUGGAGUCAACCAGUUACAUGCUGCAGCCUGAAGCUCCAUGCAGUUCUACUGAGCCAGGUCCUUCCGUGCAAGGAAGUCCUAUUGUCUGCACCGCCAACCAUUCUAAGCAAAUUAGCGCUUCUGGGCCUAAUUCAGUGUCCGUGGGCAGAGGCCAGCAAACCACAAGUAUAUUGUCGGAAACGGUGAGCUGUAUUGGUUGUAGUGCUAGGAUUAUUCCUACUAGGGAUGUGCAUGGGCAAAAAUUUCAGUUCGGGACUUCCGAAAUUCUGGACUUAAGCACUUAGGGAAUACGAGACUUUGGCAAUUCCAUAACCCUACCCCAUAACUCUACCCCUAACCCUACCUCUACCCCUUAUCCUAACCCUAACACUACUCCUAAACCUACCUCUAUCCCUUACCAUAACCAUACCCCCUAACCCUAACCCUACUAGGGGUUGGGUUAGGGUUAGAGGAAGGUUGUGGUAAGGGGUAGGGUUAGAUUCCUGUCCUCAUUCCCUUAAUUUUACCACUUUUCAGAAAUCCGAAGCCCUUCGGCACUUCCGAAAUUCGGCAAUUCGGUUCGGAUUGGCACUUCGGCAAUUCGGUUCGGAUUGGCACUUCCGAAAUUCGUCUGAAUUUAAAUUCGGACUGAAUUGAAUUGCACUUGUCUAAUUCCUAUAAAAAUUUCAUGCAGCUACAGUUCAUCCCACUUCAAAAGGGUAAUGCAACAAAGCUAAAGGGUAAAUAUGGGUAUAAAUUCUGUUUUUGUAACUUGCCCUCUUUUUAACAACAACCAUCAGUUAUGAUAGCUGAUGUACUAAGCAUCAGUUUGCACAAUGAAUAAUAGAUUAAUCUGUCAAUUCUAUGGGCAGUAUAACAUAAAGCUGUUAUUUACUGGCAAGCGGCGGGGUCAUAAAUCUUUGUGAUAAUUGGCCUACCCCAGUUAUUUCUUCCUCUGCCCUACUUCUACACGUCAGUGAUGUCACCUAUGUGUGGGUGUGUUACAUUAAAGGGAUAUGCAUCAUUUUGAAACACUUUUUCAUAAAAAAGCUUUAGUUUUGAAUGAGUGAGUUGCCUGACUCUGGAAGCUGAAAUAAGAAGGUAAAUGAUUUUUUUUCCCCUUCUUCAUAUUUACCUUCUUCUUUCUAAUGAUUUCCACUUCUACUCAGGGGGUGCAAUGAUGUAACCAACCAAUGUAUCAUCCCUAAGAAUACAGGAAAAGUGCAUUGGGCAUUCCUGACAGAUGUAUACUUGUGCAGUUGGAAGAUUCCUUCACAUUGCAACAUCUGACAGGAGGAGAAGGGAAGGGCAUUAACAGUGAUAGAAAUAUGGCACAAGGGGACUACAGACACUAUAACCACUUUAACAAGAGGAAGCAGUUACAGUUCCUACAGUGAGCCUUUAAGCCCUUUGUGACAGCAGACGUAUCAGGUACGUCCGACAAAAAAAGGUUGUUACCGACCUUCGAAGUACCUGAUACAUCCUUGCCAAAUUUGAGCACUGGAAGCGAUCGUGAUUGCUUCCAGCCACUUAAACAGUAUUGCAGCGAUGCCUCAAUGUCAAGGCAUCCUGCAAUACCUCUCCUGACUGCUGGGCUGCCGGGUGAUCACUCCACAUGGCUCCCGGCAGAGUAGUAGAGCAUCGGAAGCCAUCGGGGCAGGCUUCCGAUGCUCGGCCUGUGCUGAGUGCCUUGAGGGGGACAAAGCAUUCAGUGAAAAUAAAAUAGUAAUAAAAAAAAAAAGUGCAUUUAAAAAAAAAAAAAAAAAGUAAAAUACAUGUAUUAAACUCCCCCACCCCGGACCACAGUAUUCCUAGUCAUUAAGCCCGAUCGCUGCCGUUCCCCCACCGGCAAUCGGUGUACCUCUCUGUCUCUCUCUGCCUUUGGCCUCUGCGGGCCAUGUGAUCGCUCUGAAAGAGCAGUCACGUGGCCGCAAUAUGCGUCUAUAGUGCUGUCUGCAGGGGGACUACCUGAACUGACAGGCAUGUGUAUACGUGUAUUUUCAUCAUAUUUUGAAAAAAUUUUUAUAGUAAAUUAUAUAUGAAAUGAAAAUAAUGGUAUCUUUAAAAAGACCAUUUAAUUGUGGGAAAAACGGUAAAAAAAAAAAGUAAAUGCGUUUGAGGAAAAUUACAGCUUAACACAAACCACGCAGAAAUGUAAAAACAGCCCUGGUCCUUAACAGUAAGAAAAUUGAAAAAUGGUCUGGUCACUAAGGGGUCAAAAACAUACCUUCACUAGCUACAUAUGUUAUCAUGCACACAGCAGAAAUUCAAUACCUCCCAACCAUCCCACAUUUUCAGAACAGCUGCUAUUUGGAGUUCUGCUCCAAGCGACACCAGAGACAUGUCCUUAAUAAACUCAGCAUUUGCAUAUCAUAAGAUGCACUUUCACACCUCUAGUCCUGCCUCUCAAUGUUGGGAGGUUUGAAACUGUACCACGGGGCAUCAUUUCUGAAAUUGCAGCAUGUGGGGCAUGGACAGCACUAAGUAAUACACCUUUAGGGAAUAUGAUUUUAUUUAUUUUUUUGCUUUCUGCUCUAGGGCUGUAUUCAUUUUGUGACUCGGAUAAAGCCAUUUCCACAGUGUCUAUUUGUUUUUAUCCUGUUUCUCUUUGUAUUUACUGAAGACAACAUGCAGUAAAGUGCUGGAAAGUGAGAGAUCGGUGGAACAACUUCUGCAGGAAGUGAAUGACCUAAAAAAGCAAAUCGCUGAAAGAAAAAAGCUCUCUACUAUGUCUGGUAAUUUUAAGAUAAGGAUUACCAAAUACAUGUGUUUUUUUUCCUCCACUAAUCUGAUGAAUGCUCUUUUAUGUUGUUAUUGUGACAGAAUUUCACUAUGGGGUUCAUUCACUAAACAAGGAAUUAUAGUGAACUGAAUAAGUAAGUUAAGCCAAAUAGCUGAUUUGGAAUCUUUCACAUCUAAACUAUUUAGUUUGAUUUUAACGGUUUGGUUUUCAGUGCACCACAAUUCACGGUUUACUAAAUAAACCGCUGAGCUUAAAAAAUGGAAUUUAACUCCAAAGAAUAUUUAUUGUACAUGAUAAGUUGAUUUGAGUUACCCUAGUUGUAGUUGUUUUCUUUUUUAAAUCACUUGAACAGUUUGCAUUUCAAAAACAAAGUUUUUACUGAAUGUGACUGGGGCAUAAUAUACUUCAAAACAAAUAAUUUGAAGGUGCGUCCACACACGUAAAUCAUUUUAACUUGUUGAAUCACAGGGGUGAUAAGGAGGAAUUUACACAUUAAUAAAAGUUUUUGGGAACACCCCCUGGUUGUCAGGCUGACAUUUAGGAAAGCUUCUUUCCUCACUCCUCUUGAAUAAUUGUUCAAGCAAAAUUGAACCUGGGAGCUAAAGAAAUUGCAGAGUACCUGCCUGCAAUAACUUUUUAACCACUAGAGGCACGCACACUCGGCUCUUGUAUGCCAGGUUUAGAGGAUUAGUGCACCAGCAAACAGCCUGAAGAUGCUGUGCUUCUUUGACAUUUUUGUAAAUUGUACAGCACUGACUGAGAUGUGCUGGACAGAGGAGGUUUUGCAGUAGCUGCACUGUUGCAGGUUUAAAACAUUUCUAACUAUUUAACAUUGAAUGAGAUUCUCCUAUCACAUGCAGCUUAGCUUCUGUAUUAGCCCGAGCACCGAUGGACUAAAUAUCCCCAUAAAACCAUGCAAGUUUGUAAGAUAUACACUGUGCUCCUCUUUAGAGUAGAACGACCUUGGUUGGCACAGAAAUCGCAGGCACUUCUUGUCCCCCAGGAAAACAAGCACAGUUUAGUGGAGUGUUUAUCUUGAGUGUUAUGUAUAGAAUAUUUCUAAAGCCAAAAAAAAAAAGUUACUUGCGCACUAUCCCAAAUUACUAUGCAAUUUAAAUAACUGGAGGUUUUUAGUACCACCCAAUGGCCACUAAAGUGUAAGCACGCUUAAAGGCAAACCUCUUAGGUGAGUCCUAAACUAAGACUUAUCCUAACUGCUUUCGGCUAAACGGCAACAUCUCUAAUGAGAGCGAAAGGGGUAUUCUUCUGAUUCCCUGCACAUUUAUUAACCUUUAAAUUGGUACACAAGGAGUGGAUGGAAGCACUGUAACAUGGCUGUGUAAUACAAAAACACAAAAUUAAGCUCUGUGCUCAAACUCCUGAGUAUGGAUUUGAAUGUAUGGCUUAAAGGAACACUAUACGGUCACGAAUACGAGCAUGUAUUCGUGACCUUAUUAUGUUAAACACUAUGUAAGUGGCCGGCCCCUCUUUGUCUCCCUUUAAAUAGUGUAAAAUCAGAUUUUUAUUCCAGUGCUGCGCUGGCUCCAACACCGCCUGGUCUCCUUUGCCGAGAUCAUCAGAAUUGAUGAUUAACUCUGAUGAUCUCAGCCAAGGAGGCGAGGGAAGGGUGAAGCCAAAUGCCAUGAUGGCCAAUCAGCAUCUCCUCACAGAGAUGCAUUGAAUCAAAGUUUCCAUUCAGACCGUCUGAGUGACAGCCACUAGAGUUGUCCCUAGGCAACAAUGUAAACACUGCCUUUUUACUGAAAAGGCACUGUUUACAUGACAAUAACCUGCAGGGAUUGACUAUACUUACCAGAACAACUACAUUAAGCUGUAGUUUUUCUGGUGACUAUAGUGUGCCUUUAAUUGUUUCCUGAUGUUUCUGUAAUUAGUAUUAAUUGAAAGAGGUGACAGAACUCCAGCCUGGAAGUCCUUCAAAGUGUCCAGUUUGUUUUGGACAAUACUUGUUAAUUUUUGUGCAUUUCAAGAUCUGUUACCAAGACCAAGUUUACUUCUGAAAAUGGCACCAAUAUUAAAUAAGAAAGAUCAUUUACAUUUUUAUACAAUUACCUAUAUUUUGUUGAUAGAAUUUAAUACAUAUUAUUUAAAAGAAAAAUAGAUUUUGAUUGUUGGCUCUUGGAACGUUUCCUGUGCUUCAUAACGGCAGUAUAAUUGAUUAAUUUGUGUUCGCUGUAUAUUUAUAGCAAAAAGCAAUAUAUUACAUUAACGUGUUUCUGAAUGUUUCUUUCAGGGGAUGAGACAAUUGCAGACAACCCUCAAGAAAAUGUUCUUUUGUGCCAAGCCCUACGCAAUUUUUUUCCUAACUCUGCCCUUUUACAAAGUUGUAGACUUUCAUUGAAUGGAAGGCAAAUCCCACAUAGCUGCAGCAUCAACCAUGACCUCUGUGAGGUGAAUAAACUUACUUUAAUGAUCAAAGAAAGUGACUUCUCAGAAACCCGAUCAAGAAAGUCUGCCAAACGAAAGUUACUGUCUAAUCAAGACGUAGCAAGGGCACUGAAGUCGUCCAGGUUACACCUGCUGCGGAAGACACGUACUGGCAGAGUAGUGGGUGAGAGCAGUGACAAUAACAGAAUGUUGCUCAACAGCGGCACAGAAACAGAGGAUGAUAAUUCUGAGAAUUUAACCACAGAAUACUCUGCACCACACUCACCCACAUUUUAAGUUUAUAUAUAUUUUUUUGUUUGAUAAAUUGAUGAAGAUUGUGGUGGUCUGUCAAAAACUGAUGUAUUAAAGGUUUUAGGUGCGUUUUGGCACGUUAUGAACUUUUCAUUACAAAGGCUGUUUUGUACCAUGAGGAGCAUUUUUUUUUUUUCAUUUUUGUUAUGUCUUUAUUCAUUGUUAAUUUCCAACUUAUUCAGUGCACAAACAUAUAUUGUACAAUGUUUUUGUUUUUUUAAAGGACUCCUAUAUAAAUAUAUACUUCCAACUUGUAAUGGGGAAAACAUAUAUAUGCGCAUUUGGCUACAGAUUAUAACAAGCAAAACUGUGCCAACUACUGCAGCUAAAGUAUGUGAAACAUUUAAAAAAAAAAAAUUUGGGGGGGAGGGGGGAGGAAUACAUCUUAUCUAGGAUUAGAG